CAAAGUCGCAUCAGCGCCCAAACGGUGCGCGCCAAAAAAAAAAGAUAUAUCCGCAAUUUCUGGGGGCUGGCUGGUUUUUACGAGUCGGUUACCUUUCCGCUUACAGGAUGUCACGAGACUCUAUCGAAAAGCAAAAAAUCCUUAGACGCAGUUUACUCCGUAAACGCCAAAGAAGGGUUCUUUUUCUUUCCUCUUCAGAAAAAUCUCGUAUGGGACAGCCAUGAUUCUGUGACCUGCCGAACUUGGGAGGAAAAAUGAGAACGAAAAAAAGAAAAGAGGGGUCUCUAAAUGGUCACUAAAGUUCCUAGGGUCGGAACGCGACCAGCACUGCCUCGCUGACAGCUGACCGUCGAAAUGACUAUAAACCUGUCCGGCAGCAACAGACUGGCGGGCAUUACGGAAUUACAGUACUACUAGUACAUGACUGCAGGGGAGUUGGCAUGUCAAGAAUCUUCCGUAGCUACACAAGCUACGGUAGCAAGCCAAGGUAGCAUUUUUGUUGUUUAUCCCUCACAAACCCUUCCACCUUCUCUUUUAGCAACCACAAAAACC